CGGCAGAAGCCCGGCCCCUCCCGGCUGAGCGGGGGCGGUGCCGAUGAUGGCGGCGGCGGGCCGGGCUGGGCCGGCGGGACGCUGCGGGCGCGGGCAGGCGGCGGGGGCUUAGCGGGCGCCCGGCGGGGCGCCGCUCGGCAUGGCCCGCGCCCUACGGAUGCUGCCGCUGCUGGCGGCCUGCGCCUGGCUGUGGCCACGGCCGGCGCGGAGCCCGGAGGCGCCGCACACCCCCGACUGGCGGAUGACGCUGAAGACCAUCCGCAACGGGGUGCACAAGAUCGACGUGUACCUCAACGCGGCCCUCGACCUGCUGGGCGGCGAGGACGGGCUCUGCCAGUACAAGUGCAGCGACGGAUCAAAGCCCUUUCCUCGCUACGGAUAUAAACCUUCACCACCAAAUGGUUGUGGAUCCCCUUUAUUUGGAGUUCAGUUUGACAUCGGUAUCCCUUCGAUGACAAAGUGCUGCAAUCACCAUGACAGAUGCUACGAUACUUGUGGCAAUAAAAAAAAUGAUUGUGAUGAGCAGUUUCAGUCCUGCCUUUCCAAAAUUUGCAGAGAUGUGCAGAAAACGCUUGGAAUCUCAGAGAGCGUCCAGGCUUGUGAAUCAACUGUUCAGCUGUUGUUUGAUGCCGUUAUACAUUUAGGAUGUAAACCAUACCUGGAUAGCCAGAGAGUUGCAUGUAUGUGUCGUUAUGAGGAUAAGACAGAUCUCUGAAAGAAGAUACCGAGAUCUCAUAGUGUAGAAUGAAGUCAAAGACUCAGCUGGAAUGAAGCAAGUGUUUGGUUACAAAACUUUGCGCUUUUCAGACAGUAAUAUAUUACACACUGACAUGAAUAUACUGGUUUGGAAGUCGCUAUGAUAUUCUUCCUAAUGUAAAAAAGAAACAAGUCUUCCUUCUCUUCCCCUUUAUGCCAGAAGCUUGGAAACUGAAAUUAGCUUCCUUUGGUGUGUGUCCGCUCAGGGUAUGCUAUCGUAAAACACUAGUGACAUUAUAAGAUUUUUAAGAAAACUACAUAAUGGGGAAAUCAGAGGCGCAGGAAGAGUUGUAUUGAAUUCUCAGAUGAUUUUGAAUAUAGGUCAAAUUUUUGGUUUACUCACAGUGGAUGCAUCUGAUAGAUCCAUCAGGAAAGAGUGUUUUUUGUGCAUUAAUAUGGCAUAUUAAAGAGCCUGUACUUCAUGCUUUUGGUACAGUUGCCUUCAAUUCUCUCUGAUGUAUGCUGUCCCGUGUGUUUGUUUUCAAAAAGAACAAAAACAAACAAAAAAACCCUAACCCUUAGUAAGGGUAUAUAUCUGCACUACAUAUUUCUGCCUGAUUCUAUAUCAACCUUACUUCUGCAGCCCUUUUCAAAUCAAAUAUGUUGAUCCUUUUAAGGCUUGACCACUAAAAUGAACAGUUUGCAACCUGAGGAUAUACUUUUGAUCUGACAAAAUGGUGGAAUGUAGUUGCUGUGUUAUUUUAAAAAUGAAACAAAUGUUUAUUUUUCAAAUAAAACCUUUUGUGUUGUGUAUUAUAUGCAUAGAAAGGAUAUAUUGUUCAAAGAAGUUGAUUUAUAUUUGUCUGUAGCACAACUUGGUUACUGUAUUCAUCUUUGCUUUCAUUUAGUCCAUUCUGAUGAAACAUAAAAGAAAGUUCCACAGGUAGGGUCAGUAUGCCCAACAAACCUUUCUAUUUAAAAUGCCCUCUGUGAGGCUGACGGAUACUUGAGCCUGUAUUUCUGUCAUCUGUUCCCAUGACCUCUGUGAGGCUGAGAAACAUCUGAGCCUGUAUUUCAGUCAUCGGUUCCCUCUCUGACUUCUCUAGCUGAAAUCACCUGAUAAGUGAAUUAUUUGGGAUUUGUUCUCCAUACUGAUCUUCCAUUGCUUAUCUACAGUUGUCAGACCUUGGUUAACUUUUGCAUUAAGUCCUCUGUCAAAGAUUUUGAUUUGUUCUCCUGGUGCCAUGAUUCUGCCGUAGAAAUCCACGAGAGGAGAGGACUGAAAAUUAAAAUAUUGCAUCUGUGAACAGGGAGUGGAAACUAAAAGCCUGAAAUUCACCAGACUCAUGGACUAUAAUGUGAUUUCUCUUCUGGAAGUACUUUUAUAUUUUUUUUUUCUUUAACAGUUGUUUGUGGUAUUUUUGUUUUUGUUUUUUUUUUUUUCACUAAAGCUUACUGUACUUGACACUGAAUGUAAGUGCCUCAUAGAAUAAAGUUUCUGCUGAAGUUCUUUG